AUGUCUCUUGACCCAUUCUUCGAUCGUUUUUAUGAUUCAUUCGAGCCGGAAGAUACAGUCUAUCAGAUUAGACCGUUGAUGCAAGGUAUAGAUUAUAAAGCUCUACCCGAUCCAAAUGAUUUAGAAAACCAAGCUAAAUUCAAUAGCAGAGAGCCAUUAUAUUGUAUUUUAAUCAACAAAUAA